AUGACCAACGAAACAGCAAUCAAGUCAAAGAAAGAUCUCAAGAAUAGCGCCAACUCUAGUGCGGCAACGACUCCAAAGCAAAACCAUCGUAGCUUUAAUGGUAAACAAAAGGACGUGCAGCACAAAAAGCAUGCAAAGGAUCAUCUGCAGCCCAUGAGCAACAGCGACGAGGCUCGUCAAAGCCGUAAAGCCGAUCGCAGCGUAUCCCCUUCAAAGAGUGCAGACCCAAAUGCCAGCAUAGGUGUAGGAGAUAAGCCACUGGAGCUGGAGAGAGACCAGCAGAAGCCCACGGACAAACGACAACCAUCUUCAUUUAAAGACACGAAUGGUCGAAAAGCCGUAGCCAAGGAACAGCCUAAACAAGACACAGCAUCUACCACGACAACCAAUGGUCAUACCAGCAGUCAUACCAGUGGUCAUACCAAGACAGAUAAAAGUUCUGGCCAAGAAGUGUCUGGCAGAAAUGGAGAAAGCAAAAACACUAGUGCAGCAAUCGCUCACUCCAAGUCGACACCACAAACCAAACCAAUCGCUUUUAAGCGAUUGCAGGUUGCGGAUAUGUUUAACCAGGGUUAUGUAUGUGAACAUGAUGCUAUGCAUCCUGACAACGAAGAGUAUGAAUGGAUAAGGGCGUCGUUGAUUCAUCCAGAAUACUUUCCUGCAGAAGGUUGGGCAAUCACCAUGCCUGUAACUCCAAUUCCUAUGCCUGUAACUCCAGUCCCGUCGACACAAACGAGUACCAAGUCCAAUACCAUCAAGGCUCCACUGUCUUAUGCACAAGUGGCUACCAAAGCUGCAGCGAUCCCCCAACCAUCAUCUCCUGCUCCUGUCAAAGCACAGACCAGAUCUUCUGCUACCAAGUCUGCACCACAUACUGUAACACCACGUACUGCUACCCCAUCGUCAUCCUCUACAGCUCCCAUGAAGCCAACCGCUUCACCCAAAUCAUUGUCUGCAGAACAUGCUGCAUUGUAUUCUGGAUCGCGUUCAUCUUCUAAAUCAGCUGCAGAAAAUGAUGCCAAAAAACGCACAUCGGAAGAUGGUUAUCUGUCACCAACCAUGCUCGUAUCUAUAACAGUCGGAUUACUUGCAGUGGGUGGAUUCAUUCUACUCAAGAGUCUCAGAUUAAAGUAG